AUGGUGAUUUACAGGCCGCCAUCUAUUCCAACAUCUCCAUUGAAAUUCGAACUGAGCAGGUUAUUUGAAGUUGUUACAACGUUUUAAAACGAUGUCAUCUGCGUUGGAGACUUCAAUAAUAAUCUGUUGGAUCCUAAGGACGGUGGUCACUUAAGAGAUUUACUAGAAGUAUACGGUCUCAAAAAUUUGAUUAAAUCACCCACUCGUAUAGGCAAGACAUCGUCAACUUUACUCGACUUGAUUUUAACAAAUAACACAAGAAGAUUAUUUUUAUCGGGCGUAGUGGAUGCUGAUAUCAGCGAUCAUUCUCUAAUAUAUACUAUUCUGAAAACCACAGCUCCGCGAUUGCGAUUAAUUUUUUUCAUUGAUUCUUCAUUUGAUGAGUUUGUUUGUUGUGAAAAUAUGUUUGCUGAACAAAAAUUUAGUGAAAAU